GGUGAGGGGAUGGAAUGGGUUCCCUAGCCAUGUUGCUGAAGGAGACUCUUCUUCACACAGAGAGGGGUGAGGGGAUGUUUGUCCUCCUGCAGUGUGUGGAGUGAAGGGUAUGUCACGAUGCAUUUCAUUAUUUCUUAUUCUAUACUAUUCAAUACUGUCACGUCAUGGUCAUUAAUGUUCACAUACUGAUUGCUCUCAGUUUGAAUUUACAGCCAUGCCGAUGGGGAUGGUAGUUAUGACGCUAGAUCUGUGCUGUUUUCACCCUGAUUAUAUUACACGUUGCUUUGUAUAUGUAAUGAACUCUCUCUCCCAGCUUUGGUUCGUGGUGCUGUGACCAUCCCUCGCUGCGUUAUCUCAGCUGGAAUAUUUGCCAGCAUUGAACAGCCCACGCACGGUUCCCCUUUUUAUGCAAUGCGGGCCGGGUCAGACCCAGGCUGAGGAGACGCAGUAUAGAACAUCUGGAGCUGUAGUAUUCCAGAUGUGCAGAACAGCGCUGGUUUUGUGUUAUAACUGUCACAAGGACGCUCCUCUUGCGUUUGCUGUGUACUGAGGAGUCAAGCAGAUGUUUUCAUGUAGUUUAAUGUCUCUGCUGUCAGAUGAUUUGCUUAAAGCGGUGCUUGGUGUAACUGUGUUACAGUUCCACAACAUUCUCGCUGGUCCCCGUUUCAAGAAGUGCUUAGCGAGGCUUUGACAAUAUAACUGGCCCUCGUUUAAAUUAAGCUUUCGAUAACGUGCCCUUAUUUCUUGUUCUCUCUUGCAACAUUAUUGCGGGCUCCCUUCAACGCUGUGCAACCCAAGUGUUGACAGAAACGAACCUUGUUUUAGAUUUAUUAAAAAAAAAAAAAAAAUGUGUUUGCACGAUUACUCCUCUCUCUCUCUCUCUCUCUCUCUCUCUCUCUCUCAGAGCCUACUCUAAUGUACUUUUAAAAGGAUAAUCUUAAUAUGUAUAUAAAACACACAUUGCAAAAUAUAUCCAAAUGCAUUGCUCCAGCUAUGAAAAGCACCAAUUGCCUGUGCAUUGUUAACACACAUUUGCACAGAGAAGCGUGCAAUAAAUACAUCUCCGAUUCUGGAGUGCGGUGUGUGGAUGUUUGCGCGCCGUUGUUAAUUUUAGCGUCAGUUUCCCUUCGCGUCUGUCUUUUAAUAAACUAUGUUGUUUAUCAUUAUGAGCCGUGUCCCGUAUUUAAAUAUCUUAUUGUAUAAAGACGAUGCUCACUUUAUAAGUGGGAUUGAAACUGCCCUCAUGCAUCUGCAUUAAUACAUAGCCCGGCAUUGAUUUGAAUGGGACCAGCCGAUUAGAGAAGUUUGAUCUGGUUGGAGCGCCGCAAAGAGGGAGAGGGGACUUUUUUUUGGGGGGGGUGGCUCCCACAAAAACUAAUCGGCACGCUGGAAGGGGGGCACGCACGGACCGACGCAAGGGGAGCCCCACCUGACGUCAGACGCCGCGUUGGCUGCUAAAGAAUUUUUUUUGUUGUUGUUAGAAAGUUUUGAGAGUUUUUUUUCUCUCGCUCCUUCGUAAAUCCACCCCCCCCCAAAAAAAGCUAUAUAUAAUAGAAAUAUAAAUCUAACUAUCGGUCAAGGAAAGAGCUCGGCGUGCGUCCCGAUCGCUUGCAAAGCAUUGGAAAAUGGCGGAAACGAAGGUAAUAUAUCACAUUGACGAAGAAGAAACGCCUUAUCUGGUAAAGAUUGCGAUCCCAGCCGAGAAAAUCACUUUGCUAGAUUUUAAACAAGUUUUAAACAAACCGAACUACAAGUUCUUUUUCAAGUCUAUGGACCAGGAUUUUGGAGUUGUGAAGGAAGAGAUUUCUGACGAUGGCUCCAAGCUUCCCUGCUUCAACGGGAGGGUCGUGUCCUGGCUUGUUUCCUCGGACAGCCCCUGUGCAGAAGCUGUGGCCCCUCCAGUGGAGAUCAGAGCGGACCCCUCUCCGCCUCCUCCCCCCCUGCCACCCCCCCCUGCGGAGCGUACCAGGGGGAUCGGAGACUCCAGACCCCCCUCUUUCCAUCCGAAUGUCGCGGGCAGUCUGGAGAAUCUCGAUGACCAGACGGAAACCGAGUCGGUGGUCUCGUCUCGCCGAGAGAGGCCGCGCAGGAGGGAGAGUCACGAACAGCACGGGGGUCCUCGGCUGAACGGACAGAGCAGGUUAGAGCGCCACCUAGCUGGCUAUGAGAGCGCGAGCACGGUGAUGAGCAGCGAGAUCGAGACCACCAGCUUCUGUGACUCCGACGAGGACGACACCAUGAGCAGGUUCAGCAGCUCCACGGAGCAGAGCAGCGCCUCCAGACUGCUAAAGAGACACCGGCGUCGCAGGAAGCAGAGACCCCCGAGACUGGAGAGGACCUCUUCCUUCAGCAGUGUCACUGACUCGACCAUGUCCCUGAACAUCAUCACAGUGACCCUCAACAUGGAGAAGUACAACUUCCUGGGGAUCAGCAUCGUGGGACAGAGUAACGAACGGGGCGAUGGCGGGAUCUACAUCGGCUCCAUCAUGAAGGGGGGGGCCGUGGCUGCGGACGGGCGGAUCGAACCCGGGGACAUGCUGCUGCAGGUGAACGACAUUAAUUUUGAGAACAUGAGCAAUGACGACGCGGUCCGAGUCCUGAGGGAAAUCGUACACAAGCCCGGACCGAUCAUCCUAACAGUGGCCAAGUGCUGGGAUCCAUCCCCCCAGGGCUACUUCACCCUGCCCAGGAACGAGCCGAUCCGCCCCAUCGACCCAGCUGCCUGGGUGUCUCAUUCUGUGGCUCUGACCGGAGCUUACCCCCCCUACCCUGGGAGCUCCUCUCUCAGCACCAUCACCUCCAGCAGCUCCGUGACCGAGACUGAACGUUUUGACGACUUCAACCUCUCUCUCCACUCGGACAUGGCCUCCGUUGCCAAGGCGAUGGCCUCCGCGGAGUCCGGAUUGGAGGUUCGAGACAGGAUGUGGCUGAAGAUCACCAUACCGAACGCUGUAGGCUCUGACGUGGUCGAGUGGCUGUAUCACCACGUGGAUGGUUUCCAGGACCGUCGGGAGUCACGCAAGUACGCCAGCAACCUCCUGAAGGCUGGCUUCAUCCGGCACACCGUCAACAAGAUCACCUUCUCUGAGCAGUGCUACUACAUCUUUGGAGAUUUCAGCGACUGCGAGAACUACAUCGCCAACCUGUCUCUGAAUGAUAACGAUGGCUCCAGUGGUGCAUCGGACCAGGACACGCUGGCCCCCCUCCCGCUCCCCGGAGCCACCCCCUGGCCCAUGAUGCACACCUUCCCCUACCAGUACCCGCACCCCUACUCCAGCCAGCCCCCUCCCUACCACGAGCUCGCCAGUUACAGCUACAGACCGGGCAGCACUGGGAGCCAGCACAGCGAAGGAAGUCGCAGCAGUGGCUCGACGCGCAGCGAGGGGGAGCGGAGACGCGGGGGGAAGGGCAAUGGGCGGGACGAGAAGUCGGGAGGCGGGGCCGGGGCGGACUCUCGCUCCGGCAGCGGGAGCGAAUCUGAAUACUCGACUCGGAGCAGCCUGCGGAGAGACCACGCCUCUGUGGCGGGGAGCGAACACUCCCACCACUCUCACCACUCCCACCACACUCAGCGUUCCCAGCACUCCCAGCACUCCCAGCGCUCCCACCUUUCCUACGGGCCUCCGGGGAUCCCCCUGUCCUACAACCCCAUGAUGGUCAUGAUGCUGCCUCAGCCUCACCCCCACCCCGGCAUGCUGCCCCCAGCUUCAGGAGGUCCUCCGGGGGCCCCUCCUGUCCGGGACCUGGCCUCUGUCCCUCCAGAGCUCACAGCCAGCCGGGAGUCCUUUCACCUCGCCAUGGGAAACCCCAGCGAGUUCUUCGUGGACGUCAUGUGAGCGGGGCUGGUCGCCACGGCUACAGAGUUGAACUUUUUCUUAGAGUACGAAAAAUAUACCUUUUUUUUUUUUUUUUUUUUUAAGUGGCGUUAGUUAUAUUGACGUAGUCCACGUCCGUCACUGCUGAACGUUGAAAAUUCAGUGACAGAACACUGGGUGAGGAGACUCCAGUUUUUUUUGUUGUUGUUGUAUGAAGUUUUGAGUGUUUCUGGAUGCAGACUGUAAUGCACAAGGGUUCUCGGGCUAAUGCUGGCGUUUUUUAAAAAAAAAAAAAACCUACAAUGAAGGCUUUAUCCAAAACUCUUUGCUUUAAGAUAAGUAGGGUUGCUGUGAAAUGACAGGAACGUGUCUCGUAAUUCUAGUUACUGCCAAACUAAAUUUAGCCCGCGAUACCAGAUAGAUUUCAAUGUUUUCAUGUCAAA